ACAUUAGGUUACGUAUAAAAGCAGGACUCUUUCUAGAGCUUCACAAAAUCUUCACUGAAAGUCUGAAAGCAACAAUCUGAAAACCAAGGGUUCAUCAUGGCAGUGCUGAGAAGUCUUCUGCUUCUUUUCAUUAUGUAUUCUGUGGUGAAUGCAAAUGAUGAAAAAUGCCCCAAUGGAUGGACAAAUUUUGGAGUCAAAUGCUACAAGUACUUCUCUCACACAGUUAACUGGAUCACUGCAGAGAGAACCUGUCAAACCUAUGAUGCGAAUCUCGCAUCUGUGCAUAAUAAACUGGAAAAUGAUCUCCUGCUGAGCCUGAUGCCUUCUAACAUACGUUUUUGGGUUGGCGCUCAGGACGGUGAGCAAGAAGGACAGUGGAUUUGGAGUGAUGGAAGUCCCUUUAAUUACACCAGUUGGUGCUCUGGAGAACCUAACAAUUCAGGAAAUGUAGAGCACUGCCUGGAGCUGGCCUAUAGCUCUAACCGUUGUUGGAAUGAUCUGACGUGUUCAAUACAACUUGCCUUUGUUUGUGCUAAAAACCUGUGAGAUCACAUGCAGUCAUCCUGCUCAGUUACGUGAUUGUGCUACAUACAGUUACAUUUUCUGAUCUUAUCCUUUAUAAAAACAUGUUCAUCUGAAAUUAAACUGGCAUCUUUUCUCAGUAUCUUUUCUAAAACACUACUCUAAUCAAUAAAAGCAUUGAUAAAGCAUA